AUGGCAGGGGGUGAAGGAUCCAAUUCUCAACAAGUUGAUGUACAAGGUCUUCUCAACACCAUUCUACAAGAGUUCAAAACUCUUCACCAUUCUGGAUUGGAGUUGAUGAAUAAUAGGAUGGAUCAACUGGAAGAGAAUCAACAAAAGUUACAAGAGAAUAUCCGACCGUUACCUGAAGCUCAGAGGCGAAAUAAUGUUCAACCGCAUUUGAGGCCAAGACGCAACAUCCAGCCCCCAUCACCACACAACACUGACGAACCCGAUGAUGAGGAGUUUGGAGAAAAUUGGGAACGACCUAAGCAUCAUAAUAACCAUCACCGACGGGAUGAAGAUGAGGCGAUCAACUCAGUCAAGUUCCAAGUGCCACCGUUCCAAGAAAAAUCCGACCCUGAAGCAUUUUUGCAAUGGGAGCGAAGGUUAGAACUAAUCUUUGAUGUUCAACAAUUAACUGACCAACAAAAACUCCGUGUGGCCGUAAUGGAGUUUUCAGAUUAUGCGCUUGCAUGGUGGGACCAAUUGAGCAUCAACCGCCGCAGAAAUAGGGAGGCUCCAGUGCGUACUUGGACAGAACUUCGUACACUCAUGCGAAAGAGGUUUGUUCCCCCUCAUUACCAUUGUGAAGUAUUGCGGAGAUUGCAGAGUAUACAACAAGGGUCGCGGUCAGUGGAGGAGUACUAUAAGGAGGUUGAAACACUUCUUCUACAAGCCGAUAUCCAUGAAGAUCAGGAGCAAACGAUGUCUAGAUUCUCGAAUGGACUUCAAAGGGAUAUUGCUGAUGCGGUAGAGAUGUACCAAUACGUGGACCUUGAGGAGAUGGUACACUUGGCCAUAAAGUUGGAGAAGCAACUAAAAUCAAAGCGGAUGCAAGGUAAUCAGUUUAAACUUUCUCCAACUGUAGGGUUUCCUAAAGCGCCGCUUCCAAAACAUAUCAACAAAGGAAAAGAGAUAGCGGGAGUUGAUUCGACGCGCCCUAAGCCGCCAACAUAUGCCCCCCCAAAGAACACCACCCGUAGCCGAGAUGUGUUAUGUUUCAAAUGCCAAGGCCGAGGACAUUUUGCGAAUCAAUGUCCAAACAAGCGUACUAUGGUUCUUACGAUCUCCGGUGAGUACGAAUCCGAAUCAGAAACUGAAGAGGUUAAUGAGGCAAACUCCUACCACCAGGAAGCUGUAGAAUCCAUACCGGAGUCCAAUUUGACGUUAGUCACUCUCCGAGCUCUUAGCACUCUUCCAAAUGAGGUUGAAGACACCGAACAACGCGAAAAUUUAUUCCAUGGAAGGUGUAAGAUCGCGACUAAGGUAUGUAGUCUUAUAAAGAUCGCGACUAAGGUAUGUAGUCUUAUAAUUGACGGUGGUAGUUGUACUAAUGUCAUUAAUGACCUCGCAGUGAAAAGACUUAAUUUGAGGAUAAAUUUGCAUCCAAGGCCUUACAAACUACAGUGGCUCAAUAAUUGCGGGGAAAUCAACGUCACCAAACAAGUGUUGGUGGAAAUUGAACUACAAGGUUACAAGGAUGAGGUAAAAUGCGAUGUAGUUCCAAUGCAAGCAUGUCAUAUUUUGCUUGGGAGACCAUGGCAAUUUGACAAAGAAGUUGUACAUGAUGGCCGCCGUAAUCGAUAUACUUUCACACAUGCCGGACAGACCAUAGUUCUAAAGCCGUUGAGUCCUCGAGAAGUAAAUGAAGAUAAAAAAUACUUGUACAAGCAGUUUGCUAAAGCAAGAGAGAAAAGGAACCAAAGGAAAGACAACAAGAUGGUGGGCUAUGUCGCUGAAUCAACUCUAUGUGAGGAAUCCAACUUGAAGCCCUUCUUAGAAUCACCCGCAACAAAAGGAAAAGAUAGAGUAUGUGUAGAUCCUGCGAAGGUUGCAGCCAUCCAAGAGUGGCCUACACCUACUAGCGUACGUGAUGUCCGCAAUUUCCAUGGCCUUGCAAGUUUCUACCGUCGAUUUGUGCGGAACUUCAGCACUAUUGCAGCACUCUUAACGGCAAUUACCAAAAAAGAGGAUAAGUUUGAGUGGGGAAGUGAACAACAAAAUGCUUUUGAUACUUUGAAAUCGAAACUUACAUGUGCACCCGUACUUGCUUUACCUGAUUUCUCUAAACCGUUUGAACUUGAUUGUGAUGCCUCUGGUCUAGGUAUUGGCGCCGUCCUCUCGCAAGAAAAGAAACCUGUUGCAUUUUUCAGUGAAAAGAUACAUGGCGCUGUGUUGAAUUACUCAACCUACGAUAAGGAAUUGUACUCCUUAGUGCGGGCGCUGCAAACAUGGCAACAUUACUUACGUCCUCGUGAUUUUGUUGUGUACACUGAUCAUGAAUCCCUCAAGCACAUCAAAUCCCAAAGUAAGUUGAGUACGAGACACAUCCUAUGGAUCUCCUUCAUUGACACCUUCCCCUAUGUUGUUAAAUACAAAAAGGGUAAGGAAAACAUCGUUGCGGAUGCAUUGUCACGCAGGUAUGCACUUGUUACCACACUUGAGUCUAAGCUAUUAGGUUUUUCGUAUUUAAAAGAAUUAUAUGCAACUGACCCUGAUUUCUCCGAUAUAUUUGCCAAGUGUAAUUCUCAUGCAUUUGAAAGGAAGGAAAGAUUUCCAGAAUUGCGAAAGUCAAAACUUACUCCCCGUGGCGAUGGACCUUUUCGAGUGUUGGAACGCAUUAAUGAUAAUGCCUACAAACUUGAACUCCCAAGUGAGUACCAAGUCCAUGCUACUUUUAAUGUUUCUGACUUAAACCUUUUUGAUAUAGCGGAUGAAUAUCUUGUUCGGGAGAACAAGAAAGCUUUUCAAGAAUGA